CACAGCUGAACACUCAUUCAGAGGGCUUGGACGUGCUCGUCUGCGCCGCUGCUCACUUUCUUAUCUAACAGCAUCAUUGUUCCCGUCUCUUUAAGUGCUUAAGUGUCCAGAGUUAUGAGGUGGACAGCUCUAUCAGCGGUUAUCCUGGCGACGGUGGUGGUAGCGGCUGUGGGUAGCACCGUCCCUCGGUGCUUCAAUGAUGGCAACAACGUCACCUCCUCCGGAAACUUAACCACUGACCUCACCGGCAUCAACGACUUCAGCUUCGACCUCUACCGAGAGCUCUCUCGAAAGAGCAAUGCCACCACGAACUUCUUUUUCUCGCCCUACAGUAUAUGGACAGCCCUCACUCUUACCUACUUCGGGUCAGCGGGAAGGACGAGGACCCAGUUAGAAGCCACACUCAGGGUCACAGACAAAACGUCAACACUGAGGCUGUGGCGAGCACUUGAUAUAAUGUACGCACAGCGGGCUGCCCUCAACCCUCCUUACACCUUCAACAUGGCCAAUCGCGUCUACAUAAGCAAAACUCUCAAUCUUCGACCUUGUGCUAAGAGUGUCCUCAAGCAAGAGCUGCAGACCGUCGACUUCACGAAAAAGGAUGAAUCUUCCGCUGCCAUCAAUGAGUUUGUGUCUAGCAACACGAGGGGCCGUAUUAACCAAUUAGUUAAACCAGACGACUUAGAAAACGCCCUCAUGGUACUCAUCAACGCAGCGUUCUUCAAGGGGUCCUGGAAGUACAUGUUCAAUUCGACCAAUACUACGAUUCAGAGUUUCUUCGUCAGCCCCAAACACUCCGUCGACGUUCCCAUGAUGAAGCUCAAGACCAGUCUCAAGCUCGUUCAGUCGACGGAGCUGCGAGCCCGGAUUCUGGAACUGCCUUAUGCCGGAGACGUUAUCUCCAUGUUGCUGCUGCUGCCGGAUACAGAAGGAGAGGCAGGGUUCUCGAGCAUGGUGUCAGCUCUGAGUGGUGCGAACCUCUCCAAGGUCACCAGCAAACUGAACAACAGUGUUCCCGUUGAGGUUUUCCUACCCAAGUUUAAACUGGAACAGAUGCUUAGAGAUGAACUGAUAGAGGGCCUCAAAAACUCGGGUAUCAAAGACCUCUUCGAUAGCAGAUCAGCCAACCUGACGGAGUUUGCAACGGACAAGCUUCUCUAUGCCAAAAAGGCCAUCCACAAGGCCUUUGUUGAGGUGUCUGAGGAAGGCACUGAAGCGGCAGCGGCGACGGCGAUUGUACUGAUCGAUAGGAUCAUUGGUCCUCCACUCCGUAAGUUCCACUGCAACAGACCUUUCGUGUUCCUCAUCUUCGACAACCAGGCGAAGACCGUCCUUUUUAUGGGCGCCUACAAGAACCCCCCAAAAGACGUCGGUAAAUAGAGGCUGUAGACACAGGCAUAGUGAUGAAGGAAGAAGCAUGAGCAUUCAUUAUAUUACUGAGGAAAAAAGACAUAGACGUUGAUGUAGAAAUGGUACAUCAAUGCUGAAAGAUCAUCAUAUAUGUAAGAAAAGGCAGUUCAUACUUACCAAUGUCUCCCUGGAAACCACCAUCUUCAGUGACUUCGGGGUGGACGUGAUGUCUAAGGAUUGUGUACUUCACACAGCCUUCUUGUUUCUGAAUUUUUUUGAUAGACCGAAUCAGCGAAGAACUCCAUGCGAACAACGGGAAGAAAAAGUUAGAACAGACAUCCCGAGGAAGUGAGAAAUUGCACAAGACUUACCAAAUUAUAAGGAAGUACAAUGGAACAUUUGCUAAACACAGCAACAUAGUUUUCAAGAAAAAACUAAAACGUAUACUUCUCUUAUCAUGUCACGUGUAGUAGCAAUAGUUUUAUAAUGUAUGAAAUAUGUUGAUAACCAAGUAACAAAGAAUAACGCAAUUUA